AUGAAGCCAGACGAUUUCGAUACUCGGUCUGUCAUCUCCAUGCAGGAGUUGGAGCCUUCACCGGUGACAGAUGAAGGUCCCGAUCUGGAAAACGGCGAUUUAUUCCCCGAAUCUGAAAAGGCUAUACAAUCACCGCAAGGAAAUGGCAGCGGAUUUUUCGGCCAGAAGCUCGGGCUGCGGGGACACAGCUGGGAUUCAUGGUUAUCUGCAAUCCAGAAGUACUCGACAUAUCCGCCAACGCUGUUUACCGUGCUGCAUUUCGCCAACACUUCCCUAAUUCCGCUGGCAACUCGCUCUGUUGCAGACAGUGAGAGCUAUCUGCUCCUCACGAGAGAGAUCUACCAGUCGCCGUCAUUCGAACAUCUCGUCCUUACCGCUCCAAUCCUCACGCACAUUGCUUCGGGAAUCGUGCUCCGGAAUAUUCGUGCAUCUCGUCGGGCCCGGUUAUAUGGCGCGGAAACGCGGUCUCAAAGGUAUUCGUUGAAGUUCUGGCCUCGCAUGACGCUGCAGGCUCGCUUGGGUUAUCUUCUGAUUCCUCUCCUUGGUACUCAUGUUUUGGUUAACCGCAUCACACCGAUUAUGGUCGAAGGAGGAAGCUCGGGUGUUGGUCUGGGAUACAUCGCGCAUGGUUUUGCUCGCAGUCCUGUCUUCUGGAACAUAUAUUAUGGGAUCUUUGUUGCUGCGGGUGUGUGGCACAUUGUUGGAGGCUGGUCUUCAUGGAUGGGAUGGAGAGUUACCACUGUUCGGAGAGAACACCGCAGCAAGGGCUCCCUCGAAGGGCAUUUGGGAGAGGCCGAAGUCAUUGCGCAGCGGGAUAGGAGACAGAGAAGGACAAGGUGGACGGUCUAUGGCAUGGCCGCUAUCGGGACAGCUGUCUGGCUUGCUGGUGCCCUGGGGACCAUUGGGCGCGCCGGAGCUGCUGGUGGUUGGCAAGCGAAGAGCUGGAACGAAGUUUACCGCCAGGUCCCUGUGAUCGGUGAUUGGCUUUGA